CAGGCGCGGCCCUUUCGCGGCGACCACGACGACGGCGACAGCGACGACAGCCUUCCGCGCUGACCCGUCGCGCUUAUCUAGCCACGGAAAAAAAUAACGUCAGCGCCCUUGGCUAGCUUUUUUCUUUCGCUGGAGCGCGCGCAGACAGCGGCAGCCUGUGUUGAGAGAGCCUUAGGUGGCUUCGAUACUCCUUAAACCUUAACCUACAACGACGUCCUCCACCACAACCACCAGCUGUCGACCCCCUCCAGCGCUUUUCUGCGAUUGCCCCCGACCUUCUUUCUCGCUCCCCAAAUCAAUGCUGAGCGCCGCUGCUACGACGACAUCUGUUGUGUUCUAUCCGUUUCAGCGCCGCCGAGCGUGCGUGUCUUGAAUAGUCCGCUCCGCGCUACCCCGGCUCCGAUCACCGAACCGUUGUGUCCACCAGCACGGCUCCAGAUGCACGCCGUACGCCAGAAAUGCAGGCCGAAGCACCAGGUCCUGGUGUUGAACUGCUAUCCGCGCCACCACAAGCACAAUGUCGAAGUCAAGCCUAAUUCGAGCGAGUUGAGCUACCUGUUGUACUAUGCCAGCACGCGCCGGAGCAAGCUGCAGAAGGUGGGCGACUUUUUGGACAAGCGCACCACCAGUGAUGUGUGGAAACGUCGAAUAGGCAAUGUGCAGGUCACCCUUCAGAUCGUCAGGGCACUUAUCGAGAAGACGCCUCGCGAUCUGCCGCUGUACGCCUCGGCCGUUCUGCGCAUCUUCCGCACGAUCCUGAACUCGAGAGACCUGUCCAUGAUAGAGGAAACGGUGCCAACCUUUGAGGCAUUCUGCGAUCAUCAGGACCCGGCACAAUUGGCGGCUGAUCAGGGCUUCAUACGGCAGUACGAUGAAAUUGUCAGGAUAUAUGCGUCUUUCGCAUCCAAGGACACGCCCUACGAUUCUGGAACGGCUAGGACGAUACCGUCGAUGGUUCGGUACCGCAAGGUUGGAUUGAAUGCGCUGAAGGCACUUUCAUCAGCGGACAUACUGGUGGUGGAAACAGAGCGUCAACUGCAGGCAAUCGUUCCACCACUGUUGGAGAAUAUUUAUGCCGAAAGUGGACAAUUCUUGUCCCUCCUUGAGCAUCGCGAAGAAGAGAAGUCGGAAAUGGAGAAGGAGACGGCCCUCCGGAGAAGGCAGAGCAUAUCCACGGUGCGAACUGUUGAAACCGAGGCAGACCCGGUGGCGGCAUCAGGCACGACAGAAGCGGCGGACGAACUUGCCGAACAAGAGGCGGGUGUCAUGGCGUUGCAAGCAUUAAAAAACAUAUUCACAAAGGCUCCACGAGGACAAUUGCGGAUAGUCGCGGCUGAAGUGCUAAGGUGGGUUGGGCAUCGCGUCGAGCCCAGAGACCACUUCCCAGCGACACCUGCGACGACACUCAUUGGUGGAAGCUGGCCAUGCACGCUAUUUUCUCUCAUCUGCGGGUGGGCGCCUGUGCAAGAUCGUUACGUGGUACUGGUCACUGCCAUGGAUACGCUAAUCCGAAGCCCGAUUAUCGAGAAGGAUUUGGAGAACCAAUAUGUGAUCGCAGUGAUCAUUGGAUGGCUCUUGAGUUCGGACAUAAAUUUCAUUGGGCUAAGCGUUAUGGAUGUGUUGGCUGGGCUGGUGCAGCACAUUCUACUUCUUCUCCAGCUGGGCGGAUCUGGAUCCAACAUCCAAGCUCUGUCGACGGCAAACCCGCAUGAACCAGCCAAAGAUCUAACUUCCACACAGCCAUCGCCGGCUGUCGUGGAGACAACCCAAACACCUUCUCCUGCCCGGAUCCAACUCCUCAACCAACUGCAACGCUGCGUUGGCUGCCUGGCAGUGCACGUGUAUUAUGCAGACCAGAUCUCAGACAUGAUUGGGACCAUCCUGUUCAGACUGAAGCCUUCGGUGCUGAUGGGCAUACCUGACACUGCGAGCGCUAUCGAGAAUCCAGUCGACACGGCCAACGCCGUAGCAAGUUCAAUCAACCUCACCGAAAAAUCCGGCGUCGACGGGUUCUUCUCAUUCGAGACGGCCCGUGUGACCGCUCUACAGUGCGUAAAAGAAAUCAUUUCUUUUGCUAAUUGGACAAAGAAGGACGGCUCGCCAAAUAAUACUGUUCGUAACCCUGUGGAGCUGGAUCGAUGGGAGGGUACGCAGUGGCUGCUGAGAGACCCAAGCUGGAAGGUGCGAGCUGCCUAUGUGGAUGUGUUGCUCACAUGGAUGAAAUAUGAAUUAAAGAAGAAUGAUCUCCGCGUUGCGGAAGAGCAACCGCCGAAGAAGACGACUUCGCAGAAAAAGGAGCCGGGAGCCAGAGAUACAGAUCUAGCUCGGCGGGCUGUAUCUAACGCGUCGCGACGUGACAACUCGCCGAAGCGAAAGCGUCAAACAUUCUUACCACUUCUGCACCUUGCUGUUUACGACAACGCUCAACAGUACGCGGAGUCAGAGCCAGACAUCCUUUUACUUCACCUUUUGCUCAGUCAGAUGGUGAUGAGGCUUGGUGUAAAUGCUGUACAGCAUGGCUUGCCUAUGAUUGUACGUCUCCAGGAAGAUAUACCAACUAUCGAAUCUCCCAAAGCCAAAAUCAAUAUCGGCAGCCUGGUCCACGGAUACUUCUGGGCAUUAAGCGUUCACUUCAGUUUCGACGGUGCAAGCACUGGACGUGAAAUUUACAACGAGAUAUCAAGGCGCCUCAAUCAUGCAACUUGGCUCAACAGUGUUCGUAUGCCCCCAAUGACUCUUGAGCAGAUUGAGGAGAGAAUUGGGAGCUCGCAGCCCGAACCAACAAGUGCCACCAUCGAGACGCAGACUCUCAAACCAUUCGACAAACGUGCCAACAUGGUUGAUAAAAUCUCAGAGGGGUACACGAUCAUGCUCUACUCUCCGCCGUCGUCACCUCCGGGCUCACCCAGUCGAACAUACUCGCAGCCAAUGCUCUCACAAGCUGCGAGAACACCUUCCUUCUCAGCACCGAAACCGCCUAAGAACAACACUCUCCCGGCCAAAAUUAAGGAGGUUCUCCUAUCGGACUGGUCAAGGGAUGCAGUCAUCGCAGCCACCAGCAAAUCAGAAACAUCGAGGUCUGGCUCAACCCAUGGCUCGUCGAGUCCAACAAUGAAUCAACUCGCACCACGACAUUUAAAUGUAGCAACUGCUCUAGCUAACGGCGCCGCUGCAAACGGUGAUUUGCCAUCGCCUCGUAGGGGGCAUCAACAGCAUCAGAGUAACAGACCGCCCUCUGCGACUGCUGGUUUUGUACCUCCAAACUACGCACCUGGAUACGCUAUGAGGGAGGCACUUGGCAUCUCUGGCCGUCCACAAUCGCGCCGCAGCAGACGAACAAGUCAAAGUCCCACCCCUUAUUCGACAACAUCUUCGGUACGCAGCACGGUCCGCAUUGACGAACUGAAGAAGGUGUUGAGUGGGGCUCCGUUACCGACGGGUACGUUGUCAGGCGCUGAAGUUGAGCCUCUUGACGGGGAUGGCGAUGAGACAGGUAGUGAGAGCAUGGUUUCCUACGAAGGCAGCGAAAUCAGCUAUGUCCCAACUGCUAAUGCGACUGCUGAUGUUCCAGGCAUGGCCGUACGCGAGGAUGAGGACCACUUCGAAGAUGCGCAAGAGAAAAUUCAAGGAACACGGAGCGACGCGAUCACAGAAGGCACGAUAACGCCGCGCCCACUCACGGCUGCUUCCGCGCAACUGAAUAAGAAGCCGUCAACGGAGAACCUGAAGCGAAAGUCCAGCGUAGGCUCCCAGCAGAAUGAUGAUAUUCCCCCUGUUCCACCACUGCCAGCGAGUCUGCGGUCACCAGCAAGUAGUGAGGGUAUAUCUUCACUGCCGGAUAGAACCUUGUCUGUAACUUCAAAGAAAGCACAGAGCCUACGGUCCCUUGGCAGCAUGCGUGAACGUGAUCGGCCACGUACCUCACAUUCCGUUGCGAGCCGCAAGAACCGCAACUCGGCGAUGACGACCUCGUCGCGCGUCUGGAACGCACGAGACCUGCUAGAUGACAUCAAUGCGGAGGCACCAGGUGCGCUAGGGAUUAGCAGUCGAGGAGGCGCGGGCAUUUUGGGCGCCAAGCCCCCGUACUAGAUGCAGUUCCUUUACUUAAAUUUCGACGCGAUAAGCUCGUUUCAUGCUAAAGUGGGAGAGUUCUGAUUCUUUUGUAUAAAUAAGCACUUGUUGGUUUCACAAAACAUUAUCUUGUUGUUGACCUAAUACUUAAAAACUCUGCUAUGGAAAAGUGAGCAAGGAGCACCGGGGUUUGGAAUAUUUUCAAGCGAAGGUCCAUUUUGGUGUCAUGAAAGCGAUGGCGUUCAUUGGGCCUUUCUAUGGGGGCAUUACAUGCUUGCUUCCCUCUCUGGCGAUGCGUGUAAGAUACGGAGAAGCAUGUGGAAAGCUUCUUGCGACAAAGUUGGCGAUAGGAAAGCUUGAAUGCUCAACAUUCUGAC